UCCGUUAUCCUAUUUUACCGACCAAUGGCGUAGUGAACUUCGACGAAUCUACAUCCUUUCGAAAAAUAGAGGCUUCUGAUUGGCUGGCGGAUCUAUUGCCUCGCAAAAUGAUAGUGGGGAUGUAAGAACAUGGCUGCAACGCAAGCCGAAAGCCAACAAAACGAUGUGCAUAGUGAAGUGAAAUGUAUUCAAAAACAUUCUCAACUUGGGGUAAAUAGCAGCGUAAAGGAAUUCAAUACCAAUGAUGAAGUAUCCUGUAAUGCGGUGCUUAAAUAUGUGAAUCGCGGUGGGCCAAAUAAUCCCAGUUUAGCGGAGAUGAGUCAAUACCGCGAGGACAUUAGUGGACACCCUACUGCUGCUGGUGCCGUGUAUAGUAGUGAACAAAAUAUCGGUGGUAAAUCGACGAAAGAGGGAUCGCUUGGGGGUGAUCACACCUCGAAAGGUGAAACACUUGACACAAGUCAUCCGCAUGGUUUUGUUGGGAACACCUUGGGCGGUAGUGGGGGAAGGGAGUAUAACAGUGAUGAGUAUUCUAGUAAACAAUCUGUCAGUGAAGGGAGCACAGGACAUUCAGUGAGUCAAUGUGAAUCUUCUGAUGAACAUUACCUCGUCUCUAAAAUGGAGUCACCGCGCCUCUCUCACUCUAAUCCCCCUGUGUCUGCUGGAUUCCCGGGGCAAUCCCCAAGAUUUUUAUCCGGUCAAAGUAUAUCCCAAGCCACCGGCCCUACGCCUACGCUUAACCAAUUGCUUCAAGCAUCGAGCCCCGUUCAUCGGUUUCACUCCAACUAUCCAGGCAUGGGGGCAGAGCCAUACCAGCAACCGUGGCCCAUGCAGCGUCCACCUGUCGUACCGCCGGUUUACCCGCAGCAAGGACAACGCCCCCCGCAAACUGGUUCACCAAGGUUACAUCCUGGCCCGGGGGGACCAAGGUCCCCAACACCCAUGCCAUAUCCACCCUACACCCAACGCUACUCAUCGACAUCCCGACCUCACGUACCGUACAGUCACCAUCAAUUGAACUCGUAUGGAGCACAAAGCGGACAUCCGCCUAGUAUGUAUUCAGAACAAAGAGGAUGGAAUCAGGGUGGACCCACUAAUCCACCGCAGAUGCCACCAAACCAAGUAAAUCCAGCGAGUCAGUCUCCGCAGAGGGCAUUGUCACAGUCUCCAGCACCACCACCAGCUGCAUCACCGCAACCUCAACCUCCGAAUCAGUCACAGAGUUUUCAUAAUAUGCAGCAACGAUCCACCACACCAAACGCGCAAGGGAUUGAUGCUAGCGAAUUAUCUGGUCAAAACAGCAACGAUAGUUCAAAUGGGCCAGCUCCGGGGACACCGAAUUCUCAGGGAAUGAGGCCUACCCCAUCACCUACAGGGUCCACAGGUUCUCGCUCAAUGUCCCCAGCUGUUGGUCAACCAAACGUUCAGAUGCCUCCACGUCCAUCAAGUAGCCAGUCAGAUGGUAGCGGGCCAGCACGCAUGAGUCAUUCUCCAAUGGCAACUCAAGGAGGAUACCAACAGCCUUUGGGGCCGUCACCGCACAUGCAUAGCUACAAAAUGAACAACAGCGGCCCUGGUGUUGUCCAACCAGGUCCAGGACCAACCGGCUUAGGUGGAAUUGGAUCAAUGGGAGGAAAUAUGGCAUACUCAACCGGAGGGGCUGCAGGACAGCCUGGCUACCCACAGAAUUCUUAUCCUCUUGCACGUCCUCAUAUGCAGUUCGCCCAGGGUUAUCCACCACCAUCUAAUUCCCAGGCACCGCCAAACAAUCAGUAUCAGCCACCAAGGCCAAAUAACAUGGCACCACAGUAUCCGCCUUAUCCGCAUAAAAUGGGAUUUAACAGUGUGCAGACAGGUAUGCCACCUAGUCCUGGACCUCCGCAGGUAUACGUUACCGGCAAUAGUCCUGGCAUGGCACCUCCGGGGCCAGGUGGUAUGGGUGGUAUGGGCAGUAUGGGACCACCUGCAAGUUCCAUGGGUCCACCACCCCCGUCACCGAAUCACAUAGGGAAUCAGCCCUCGUCUGGACCUCCAUCUUCACUUGGGCCACACAGCGGGCCGCAUCCUCCCGCAGCAACACCACCUUUGAAUCAUGAAGGAAGCCCUAUGCCUCCACCGAGCACAACUCCCAAUUCGCAUCCUACUUCUAUGCCCACACCGAGCAGCCAUAGUUCUACAGAUCUCGCUACAGAUACUUCUAACGAUAGUGGGAUUACAACGACUGCGUCCGGAACAUCAGCCAUUAAUGUUACUUCCACGUCAAGUGGUACAGUAACUUCAGUUAUAACGACUGGUCCAGAUGGUACUUCGUUGGACGAAGGAUCGCAGCAAUCGACUCUGUCAAAUGCUUCAGCGGCCUCUGGAGAAGAUCCUGCUCUAACACCAAAGUCUCGCAAAGAAUUGAUUAGCGGAGGAUAUCAUAGUCAUCCUGCUACUCCUCAAAGUACAGUACCAUCUCCAGGUGCAGCAAGCAUUAAUUCAAUGCAUGAAGAAUAUCCGGACAUGAGCAGUCCAAGCUGGCCACGUACUCCAGCUAGUCCUGUGUUUAACAGUCAUGUGCCUCAAGACCCAUACAGAUCUAAGAAACCGGAUAGCUUGGCAAAGCUCUAUGAGAUGGAUGAUUCAAUGGAUCGAAGGACAUGGCUAGACAAACUUGUGUCUUUUAUGGAGGAAAAACGUACACCUAUCACCAGUUGUCCUACUAUCUCCAAGAACCCCCUUGAUCUAUUCAGAUUGUACUUCUACGUCAAGGAGAGAGGGGGCUUCAUGGAGGUAUGCAAGGUCACGAAAAACAAGACAUGGAAGGAUAUAGCAGGUCUACUAGGCAUUGGAGCAAGCAGUAGUGCAGCAUAUACAUUGCGGAAGCACUAUACAAAGCAUCUUCUUGCUUACGAAUGUCAUUUUGACCGAGGUGGUGUUGAUCCUCAACCGAUUAUUAACCAAGUCGAAGCUGGAUCCAAGAAAAAAGGAACUAAAGGAACAGCUUCUGUACCAUCGCCAGAAAAAAAUUCAGAAAAAACUUGGGUUACUGAGAAAGGAUCGUCAAACUCCCAGGAUUCGUUUCCUGCUGCUGGUUCCAGUAGUACUUCAAUGGACGGUUACGGAAACUAUCAAAGUGGUUAUGCAGGUGGUGCCCCGGGUGGACCUCCAUCCGAUUACACUCCACCUCCACCUCGGCCACCCAGUCAAAGCAGUGCACCAUCGCCGCAUCAAGUUUUUGUUGCAGGAAUGCAACAAGGAAAUUAUCAAGGGCCUGGACCCUACCAGAAUUACUCACAGGAUCAAUAUAUUAGACCUCAAGGAAAUGCAAUGGGACAACAGAGUGACUUCAACCAGCCGUAUUCCCCAAGAUCCCACUACCCUCCGUAUGGCGGGCCGGAUGCUGAGAGAGGGUAUAGUGGAGGAAACAUGCCACCAAAUAGUACAGGAGUACAGGAUCUGUACAAUAGGUACAGCAGUGGACAGCAGCCAGCUGGCUAUUCUACAGGAACACCACCAAGUGGUCGAAAUAGCAGCUAUCCUCCUGGUCCACAAGGUCAUCCACCUAAUACGCAGCAACCAUCUACUAGCCAACCUUCGCCACCAUCUCAGUCACCUGCAGCUUCUAAUUAUUCGGGAUCACAAGAAUACUAUAGGCCAGAACAGGGAGGAUAUGCAGGAUCUGGAAGUAACCAAAUGUAUGCUAGUGCGAGUGCAGUGAGCAAAAAUAUGCCACCCCCUCCACCAGGACCAACACAACCACGGCGACAUCCUGAUUUUGCCAAAGACCAACAGUAUCCACCAUAUAAUCCGCCAAGGCAGGCCUAUCCUGGCUGGCCAGGCAAUUCAAAUCAGUUUAGCAGUGGUAAUAGUAACAAUAGGGUUCAAUAUUCUGCACAAGCAGCACAGCCACCACAACCACCACAGCCUCAAGGGACAUCAGGCACAUCAGCUUCAAGCAGUGUUGGUGGAAUCAGUAGUCCACAGUGGGGAAAUCAACAAACCCCGAGGCCUGCAACCCAACUAACUGGGAAUACUGUUGCACAACAUCCACCACCAUCGUGGGAUCCCAGAUAUGCCAAUCAACCAGCCCCUAUUUAUCCACCUCCUAGUACUCAUCAGAGUCAACUAGGAAUAAGCCCUAUGAUAAACCAGCAACCGGCACCAAAAAGGGAGAUGACAUUUCCUAGCGACAGUGUAGAAGCUGUCACACCAUUAUUGUACAAAAGGCGUAAACUAACGCGAGCUGAAGUUGCCCCUGUCGAGGCGUGGCGAAUUAUGAUGGCACUGAGGUCCGGCUUAUUGGCUGAAAGCUGCUGGGCGCUAGAUGUCCUAAAUAUUUUACUUUUCGACGAUUCUUCGGUUAGUUACUUUGGGUUGGCACAUCUCCCAGGACUACUGGAUGUAUUGUUGGAGCAUUUUUCUCGUUCCCUGUCCGAUAUGUUUGAAUCUCCAAUGGGUGAGGAAGAACAACAAUGGUGUCGUACAUCAGAGGGGGCCGAAGUUGAUCUAGGUGCAGUGUCACGACCUGUCGACGCUGAAGACCGUAUCAUACUUUUGUCUGGUUCCAAUUACACAUUUUUGUCAAGGCGAGGGCGUCCAGUGAAAAUGAUACCUCGAGACGACGAUUUAUUUGUUUUGGACUCACGCCGACCUUGGGAUCAUUAUCCAGAUUGUGAAGCCGAUACGGAACCUUGGCAAGUUGACGCCAAUACAACCAAAUACAUCGUUACAUGCUUUCAAUCUGAAUUGGACAGUGUUCCUUUUGCGAGACAGUUGAGGGACGAAAAACCACCGCUUCUUGAAAAAGAGGUUGAAAGUAUUGAUGUUAAAAUAGAAGAAUCCAAAAUAGACAGCAUGUUAGAAAAUGUAGAAACAUUUAAAAAAUCUCAUGACUGUAAUGACAAGCCCACAACUCCUAUUAGUGAACGUAAACAGUUUGAUAAAAAGAAGAAAAUUAAAACUCUUAGCGAUGUUUUAUCCAGAAUUAAGAAAGAACCGGUCGAGAUGAACGAUCUCACUAGAGAAUUGUUUGAAAAAAAGAAUGACGGAACACGAAAGGAUUCGGAAAAUGAAUCCAAAGCCAAUAACAAUAUUGGUGAAAGUUUAUCCGAAUUAUCGAGAGCAUCUGCCGACGACAACGUACUUCCCAAUCAAAAUGGCCUGAGCGAUAGCUUGAGCAAUUUGGAUUCGGAAAAAUUGACCCAAGAGGAAGAGGAGUCUCUGAGUACAAAAGACGAGCAAAAGUUAAAUAUUAAAGAUCCAGCUGGUACACUAAAAAGAAGGCGAAUAAGUGAUUAUGAGGAUGAAAGUUAUUCUCGAGAUGAAGCCAGCCUGUACCUUGUUACCGAGAGUCAAGAUGGGUUAGCACGACGAUGUGUUUGUUUGUCUACAAUUUUGAGAAACCUGACGUUCGUACCUGGCAACGAAAUUGAAUUUGCAAAGAAUGUUACUUUUCUUAGCAUACUUGGUAAGCUUCUACUCCUACACCACGAGCAUCCAGUUAGAGCACAAAAAACGAGAAACUACGAUCGAGAAGAGGAUGCCGACUUUGCGGAUUCCUGCAGCAGUUUACAAGGAGAAAAUGAAUGGUGGUGGGAUUUUCUCCAUCACAUUAGAGAAAAUGUACUAGUUAUGGCAGCUAAUAUCUCAGGCCAUAUGGAUCUCAGUCAGCAUCCAGAAGAAAUAUCACGACCAGUACUAGAUGGUUUGUUACAUUGGGCCGUGUGUCCGGCAGCCCACGGACAAGAUCCGUUUCCAACUGUAGGGCCGACAUCGUCGCUUUCCCCACAAAGGUUGGCUUUGGAAGCGCUUUGUAAGCUAUGUGUUACCGAGAGCAAUGUGGACCUAGUUGUAGCUACUCCGCCGUACUCGAGAUUGCAGCGGCUCUGCUCAGUUCUCACUAGGUUACUCUGCCGUAGUGAAGAACAAGUACUCAGAGAAUUCGGAGUAAACUUAUUACACUUUUUGUCGGCGGCAGACAGUGGUGUGGCACGAACAGUGGCGAUGCAAACGCCGUGCAUUGCUUUGUUGGUCGCAUUUAUCGAGCAAGCGGAAACAAGCGCGCUGGGUGUCGCAAAUCAGCAUGGGUUAGCAGCUUUAAGAGACAAUCCCGAGUCUAUGGGAACUAGUUUGGACAUGCUAAGGCGAGCGGCAGGAACUUUGUUGAAUCUAGCAAGGCACCCAGAUAAUAGAACACUGCUCUUGCAGCACGAAUCACGACUUCUCGCGUUAGUCAUGAGCCAGAUUCUGGAUCAACAAGUCGCAGCUAUAGUGGCUCGUGUAUUAUUCCAGUGUUCAAGGGGGACGUAACUCUUCAAUCUUUCUUAUAUGUGGAAAUGUACUUUAAAUGCAACGUGCGGAGACUGAAAAAUGCUACACAGCAUGAUAGUAGUUUUAUAUAAAGCUAAAUAUUGAUGUUAGCGUUGGUAUACUGAUACUGGUAUACCUUCCGUUGUGAAUUGGAUAACAUUAAUAAUGUAAGAUAUUCUGUGGUUAAAACGUGAACAACUGCAUAAUAUAUAAACAUUUCAAUCGCAAUGUAAACAAUAUCGAAAUGUGGGUGAUUAUAAAUAUAAUGCAAAUUUUUAUAUUUGCAUAUUUGUGCUGUAAUUAGCAAGUAAUGAUAUUUUGUAGAUAACACUUCCAUUGAAUCUUAUUUAAUUUGCACUCUACAUAGUGCAAAUAAAGUGGCUUUGACCCACAAGAGUCUCGACUUUAUAUUAGAAACUGGUGAAACAUUGCUGCUAGUACAGUCUGAUGAACUGUUAGAACUAAGCAAAAUCACACUUAAUAAAAAUUAAUUUUUCACAUUUUGGUUGUUUGAAGUAAACUGUGUCCAAAUUAUUAUAAAACAUAUUUGUGAGAUGAUGUGUGAAUGGGUGUCUAUAGAUUGAUUUAGACUAAUAUUGUGACAAUGCGAAUGGAGCGAUUCCGAAAUACAAUUGAGAAUAUACAUUACGAUGCGCUGAUGAUA